CCAAAAACUAACUGAUUAUAGUAGUGUUCAUAAAAAUGGUUACUAAUAAGAUUUUGUUAUUGAUAUUAGUAACAGCGUGUACCAUUUCUGUCAUUUGUAAUGCAAAGGGUUCAGGUGAAAAUGGUGGCCUAGUGGCUAAUUUUUAUGGUCAGAAUUGCUCUCGUGCUGAAGAAAUUGUGCAAACUGUUAUAAAGAGACAUGUAUCCGAUGAUCCAAGCUUGCCUGCAAAACUCUUGAGGCUCUACUUUCAUGACUGUGUCGUCAGGGGUUGUGAUGCUUCAGUGUUAUUAAGCUCAACGGAGAAUUUUCAAUCGGAGCAAGAAUCAGGGGCCAAUCGACGUUUAGGGGGGUUCGAAGCCAUUGAUGAUAUUAAAGCAGAGCUCGAGAAAGAAUGCCAAGGAAUUGUGUCUUGUGCUGAUAUCUUGGCUCUCGCUACUCGGGACGCUGUUUCUCUCCAAUAUGGAAGGCCGUUGUGGGAGGUGCCAACAGGAAGAAGAGAUGGAACAAUAUCAUCGGCUUUAGAAGCUUCUCGUAAUAUUCCUACUGCCUUCUCUAGCUUCAAUGUCAUCAAAGACAUCUUCCGCAGGAAAGGACUUUCAAUUGAUGAUCUUGUAGCUUUGUCUGGUGCACAUACAAUUGGAGUUGGUCGGUGCAGUUUGUUUAGUCACAGGCUAUAUAACUUCACUGGAAAAGGAGACCAAGACCCUUCAAUUAAUCCAAGUUAUGCUGAUUUCUUAAGGACAAAAUGUGGUCCAAAUGACGGCAGAACUACAGUUGAAAUGGACCCUGAAAGUUCCCGCUCUUUCGACAAUCAUUACUACGAAAUCUUAAAGGACAACAAAGGUCUUUUCACAUCUGAUGCUACACUCCUCACUAAUAAGAAAGCUAGUAAAGUUGCCUCUAAAAUGCUCGACUCAGAGACAUUCUUUGAUGAAUUUGCUAAGUCAAUGUUGAAGAUGGGAGCCAUUGAGGUGCUUACUGGUACUCAAGGACAAAUUAGAAAGAAAUGCAAUUCGAUCAACUAA